AUGGACCAAAAGAAGUGCCUUCAAUAUGCUUAUCAACCUUGGAUAUGGACUGCAGGGAAUCAUGAAAUUGAUUUUGCCCCAGAAAUUGGUGAAAGCAAACCUUUUAAACCUUACAAUCACCGGUAUCAUGUCCCACAUAAAGCAUCAGGGAGUACUGCCCCUUUUUGGUACUCAAUCAAGAGAGCUUCGUCCUACAUCAUCGUCUUAGCUUCAUAUUCAGCAUAUGGUAAAUACACUCCUCAGUACGUAUGGCUCGAGCAGGAGCUAUCAAAAGUUAAUAGAAGUGAGACACCAUGGUUGAUUGUCUUAAUGCAUUCCCCAUUGUAUAAGAGCUACAACUAUCACUACAUGGAAGGAGAAAGCAUGAGAGUGAUGUUUGAGCCAUGGAUUGUACAAUACAAAGUUGACAUGGUAUUUUCUGGUCAUGUCCAUGCCUAUGAACAAUCUGUUAUCUGUAAGUGCUCGAUGUAUAUGUUCUAACUCAUUAGUUUCAGAAUCAUUUUGUUUGAUACCUGCUAUAUGCAUAGAACUGGUCAUUGUCU